AUGGAAUCAGACAAUGGUCAGGGUGGCAGCUCACCUGCCGACGCGGGCUCAUCGAAAGGGGUCUUUGACCAGAUUCUGGGCUCAGGCUCACCACUGCUCUCCCUGGACCCGGAGCUGAAGGAGAUCCCGCCAACGGAGCCCUUGACGUCAACACGGCCCCAUGGCCAGCAUUCACCCAUGAAGCCUAGUCGAGUGGACACGGUCCCAGAUACUCGCUCGGCCCCGCGUUUUGGCCAUUCCAACCGUUCUUCCAGUCGCACCCCCCGACGAUUCAGUGGCAGUACGGCGGCAAGUUCUAUCAGUGAACUGGAGCCUAGUGGGUCUAAACUGUGGAGGAUUGGCGUCUGUGCCCUAGAUGUGAAAGCCCGCAGCAAGCCAAGCCAGAACAUUCUCACUCGACUCCAAGCCAAGGGCGAAUUUGAGGUGAUUGUCUUCGGAGAUAAGGUGAUCCUAGAUGAAGAUGUGGAGAACUGGCCGGUGUGUGAUUUCCUGAUCGCCUUCUUCUCGGAUGGGUUUCCCUUAGACAAAUCCAUCGCCUAUGCCAAACUCCGGAAGCCAAUCUGCGUCAAUGACCUGCCGAUGCAAAAGGUGUUGUGGGACCGACGAUUAUGUUUGAAGAUUUUGGAUCAAAUGGGAGUCCCCACACCCAAGAGAGUCGAGGUGAAUCGCGAUGGCGGGCCGGUUUUGGAGUCGCCAGAUCUCGCUCAACACAUAUACCGACUGACGGGGGUCAAGCUGGAGGGCCCUGAAGACGGCACGGGAGGCGGUGCCCCGAGAACCCAGCAGGUAUCCAUGUCGGAGGACGGCGAGUCGCUCAUUGUGGAUGGCAAAGUUUUCCGCAAGCCCUUUGUGGAGAAACCCGUUAAUGGGGAAGACCACAAUAUCCACAUCUAUUUCCCCAACGAUCAACAGUAUGGCGGUGGCGGACGCAAGCUUUUCCGAAAAGUCGGGAACAAGAGCUCGGAAUACGACGCUAACCUCUCCGUGCCUCGUUCGGUCACGGAGACCGGGACGAGCUAUCUGUAUGAGCAGUUUCUUCGGGUGGACAAUGCAGAAGACGUGAAAGCGUACACAGUGGGCCCUGACUUUUGUCAUGCUGAGACACGCAAGUCACCAGUUGUCGACGGGCUCGUCCGUCGAAACACGCACGGUAAGGAGCUACGAUACAUCACCCAGCUGAGCAAAGAAGAAGCCGCUAUUGCCUCGAAGAUUUCGAACGGAUUCGGUCAGCGAAUCUGCGGUUUUGAUAUGCUUCGUGUGGGGGACAAGAGCUAUGUGAUCGACGUGAAUGGCUGGAGUUUUGUCAAAGACAACAAUGAUUACUAUGAUAAAUGCGCCCAGAUUCUGCGCGAUACUUUCUGGAACGAGAUGCGCAAGGUUGAAGGCUCAAUGGAGCUCUCAGAACCCCCUUCACCGGACCUGGGCCAAUCCAGAAGAAGUACCGCGGGCUCUCAUCGACAAGCGUUGAAAACGCUAUUAAAGUCUCCAAGCACUUCUCGCCUCUAUGGUAAUCAACAUACUCACCGAGCCCAUGACGCUCCUCCCUCGGAUGUGUCAACCGGGGCUCCUUCUUUGGCAUCCUCAUCUGGGCUAGAGAGCGCCGACCCUACAAUGAAUCUAAGCAGUCUGAACUCGCGAGAUUGUCAUCCAGAUUCCCGCGGCUACAGCCCUUCUAACACAAAGUCACCGGCUGUUUCCCUUCAUCAAGCCAGCGAAGGAGCCCUACCGCCUCUUCCGGCCUCGAAACAUUCCUGGAAACUCAAGGGAAUGGUAGCAGUCAUUCGGCACGCAGAUCGGACACCUAAGCAAAAGUUCAAAUUUACCUUUCACAGUCAGCCUUUUGUGGAUCUUCUAAAGGGGCAUCAAGAGGAGGUGGUGAUUAAAGGAGCAGCGGCCCUCUCCAGUGUUUCUGAUGCCGUGAACCUAGCUCUGGAACAGGGUCUCGAGGAUUUGGACAAAUUGAACCUUCUUCGUAUAUCCUUGGAGAAGAAAGGCGGCUGGCCUGGAACCAAGGUACAGAUCAAGCCUAUGUUCCGGAAGCGCAGACCUGAGGAAAUGCGGGAGCAAGUCCCAGCUUCAGCCGCCCCAUCGCCAUCAUGCAAAACAGCUCCCGAGGAACCUGUUUCGCCCAUACAAAGCGAAGCUGGGCAAGACAGCGAAGCCUUGCGCGGGUCACAGACGCGGAGCGACUCCAUCUCUGGCCCUACAUUCUCUCGCUUUUCUGCCGUGGAGAAUGACUUGAUCUUGGAUAAACUCCAGCUGAUCAUCAAAUGGGGAGGGGAACCUACACAUGCAGCACGCUAUCAAUCGCAGGACCUGGGCUUGAACAUGCGUGACGAUCUUAAACUGAUGAAUAAGGAGGCUCUCAAUAAUGUCCGUCUUUUCACCAGCUCCGAGCGUCGAGUAAGCACAAGUGCUCAAAUCUGGGCUUGCUCUUUUCUGGACCAAAAAGAAAUCCCAGUAGACCUUAUUCAAGUUCGAAAGGAUCUACUUGAUGACUCCAAUGCCGCUAAAGAUGUUAUGGAUAAAGUCAAAAAGAAGCUGAAGCUGCUCCUGAGAGAGGGAUCUGCCCCUUCACAAUUUGCAUGGCCCAAAGAUACCAACAUUCCAGAACCAUCUGUCGUUCUUUCUACGGUGGUGGAGCUGAUGAAGUUCCAUCGUAGUGUCAUGCGCCAUAACUUUGACAAAUUGGAGCCUUCAUUGCAGAACGCCGAGGAUCCCGACCAGCUGAAUUCGCAACCUGACCAACCACAUAUCUCCAAUGUCCAGGGGCGAUGGUGUGCGGGAGAAGACCCACGCCUCUUCAAAGAGCGAUGGGAAAAGCUCUUUGCCGAGUUCUGUGAUACCGAAAAGGUGGAUCCCAGCAAGUUGUCUGAACUGUACGAUAGUAUGAAGUUCGAUGCUUUGCACAAUAGACAGUUUCUGGAAUGGGUCUUUAUGCCACCAGACAGCGACCGCGAUGAUGAUGACAAGUGCAGCGUCAAAGGCAAGAGUCCGGUCAAGGCCGAGUCAAUCGUGGAAAGUCGGAAUGGCGCAGAAUCCGGGAAUGAGAAGACCGAGGAGCGUGCAGAGAACCCGACACUCGCCCAGCGGUUCGGCUUGAAAAAGCGACUCCAAGCCCUCGAAUCUCUACCGCAUCUUCGGGCACUGGACGAUUCAUACGACCAUUAUUUCAAGCUCUACCCCGGCUCGAACUCCAAUAAAUGCAAGAUGGACGAGCGUCUUUCCAAGCUCCGAGAGCUAUAUAAGCUUGCCAAAGUCCUUUUCGACUAUGUCACGCCCCAAGAAUAUGGCAUCACGGACAGCGAGAAACUUGAAAUCGGUCUUCUUACAUCUCUCCCGCUUCUUCAAGAAAUUGUCCGAGACUUGGAAGAAGUGCAGGCAUCUUCGGAUGCGAAGUCCUUCUUUUACUUCACCAAGGAGUCCCAUAUCUACACGCUUUUGAACUGCAUCCUCGAAGGUGGCAUUCAGACCAAGAUCGCCCGCAGCACCAUUCCCGAGCUUGACUAUCUCUCCCAGAUCUGUUUCGAGCUCUACGAAGCCCGGGAUAGCGAGUCGGACGUCAACUCCUACUCCAUCCGCAUCUCUAUCAGCCCCGGAUGCCACGCUUUCGAUCCACUUGACGUGCAACUUGACUCCCGGCACGCGAUCGGGUGCGCCCCACGCCGUAGCUUGACGGCACAUCAGGAUUGGAAAGAGGUGAUCGAGACCCUCAAAGCAAAAUUUGAUACAGUCAAACUCCCCAAGUCCUUUAUUGCGGUGAACUUGAGUGAUAAACAUGUGCCAUCGCCGCCCGAAGAACAGGAUACUUUUUACUAG